UAAAUAAGAAAGAGAGUGAAAGAAGAAAGGGGGAAAUAAUAGGAAAAAGCAGUAUCUCCCCGAAGCUUAUCUCAGCGGCAGACUCGACCCACAUCGAGUAGCCUCAACCCGAACAACAACACCAAUGAGGGAGGUGGAAAAGAAAUCGGAGGAACCCAAGGCAGAGGAGAAAGUACCAGAGGAAGCACAAAAGAACGAUGAAGAAGAAACAAAGCCAGCGGAGAAACCGGCGGAAGAGAUAAAAGCAGAAGAGUCCAAACCAGAAGAAGUUGCUCUUCCACCGCCACCACCGACCGAGAUCGUACUUAAAGUGUUCAUGCAUUGCGAAGGUUGCGCUCGCAAAGUUCGUCGCUGCCUCAAAGGAUUCCCAGGUGUUGAAAAGGUGGUAACCGAUUGCAAAUCUCACAUGGUGGUUGUCAAGGGAGAGAAAGCUGAUCCGCUUAAGGUUUUGGAGAGAAUACAGAAGAAGAGUCACAGGAAGGUUGAACUUCUCUCUCCGAUCCCCAAGCCUGAAGAAGAGAACAAGGUCCAAGAGGAGGAAAAGCCCAAGCCGGAGCCCAAGCCCGAAGUGAAGAAGGAAGAGUCUCCUAUUGUGACGGUUCUCAAAGUUCACAUGCAUUGCGAAGCUUGCGCUCAGGAAAUCAAGAGACGUAUACAGAGAAUGAACGGAGUGGAAUCAGCAGAAACCGAUCUGAAAAACUCGCAAGUGAGCGUGAAGGGUGUCUAUGAUCCAGCGAAGUUGGUGGAGUACGUGUACAAGAGAAGUGGGAAGCACGCUGUGAUCAUGAAGCAAGAAGAGGGUGAGAAGAAAGAGAAAGUGGAGGAACCGAAAGGGGAAGAGAAGAAAGAGGAAGAGAAGAAGAGUGAUGAAAGCAAAGAAAAGAAAGAGAAGAAAGAAGAAGGAGAAGAAACAAAGGGUGAAGGUGAAGGUGAAGGUGAAGGUGAAGGUGAAGGUGAAGGUGAAGGUGAAGGUGAAGGUGAAGGUAAAGCUAAAGCAGAGGAAGUAGUAGCAGCAGCAGCAACAGUAACAACAGAAACAGCAACACCUGAAGAGAACAACAACGCUGUGGCAGAAGUGAAAAUAAAUGAAUAUUUCUAUAACCCACAAAGGUAUGGCAUGGAGGUGUAUGCACCCCCUCCUGCUGCACAGUACCCAGCGUAUUACCAUGCGUACCCCCCUCAGAUCUUCAGUGAUGAGAACCCGAAUGCCUGCACCGUCAUGUAAAAAUUGGAAAUGUCAGGGGUGAUAUGGGAAUUAGGGAAAAUUGUGAAGUUAGUUUGGGUUGGUGAUAAAUAAUAAUACCCUUUCCUAAGUUACUUAUGCCCCCUGUACUGUUCCUGUUCAAAGUACAAGUCCUAUGCAUAAACCAUAAGCUACAGAAUUUUGUAAGACUUUCUGCAUCCUGUUUAAGUGGCAAAAAGAGAAAAUAAGAUCAAGUUAUGUAUUUUGUAAAA